AGGCGCGUCAUGGCGGACUUCAGCAGCAACGGUCCGACAUCCCUGGUAUCCCUCGGCCGGGCGCUCUCUCAGCCUUCUCUCAACCUCCUGGAAACAAACGACACGUCUCCGACAACCUCUCAGCUACAUCCAUGCCGGAGGAGAAAGCUGUCGAGCUGCAGCUCGCUCGAGAACGGCGACCCGGUUCCGUCGCCGGUGGCGGACGAGUCUCGUGUCCUGGUCAUCAACACCGGCGGGACCAUCGGCAUGACGCUGCAUGAUAACGUUCUUGCCCCCAAAGCCAAUGCUCUUGUGCAAAGCUUGCGCAAGCUGCCCAUCCUCCAUGAUGAGCUGUACGCCCAGCAGACCUCCAUGUACGAGUACUACGGCUCUAUGAACUCCCUGGUCCUGCCAAAGCCAACGCCCCACCCUGGUCUUCAGUUUCAUGGUUUGAAUAAAUUAAAUAAGAGGAUAGUCUACACCAUCCUGGAGUACAGUCCUUUGCUGGACUCCUCCAAUAUGACCACAGACGACUGGGGCAGAGUUGGAAAAGACAUCGAGAAAAACUAUGAAAACUAUGAUGGUUUUGUGAUCCUCCACGGCACCGACACUAUGGCUUAUACUGCAUCUGCCUUGUCCUUCAUGUGCGAGAAUCUGGGAAAACCGAUCGUUCUCACCGGCUCCCAGGUGCCCAUCUAUGAGUUGAGGAAUGACGGCAGAGACAACCUGCUAGGGGCGCUGCUAAUUGCUGGCCAGUUUGUCAUUCCUGAGGUUUGCUUAUAUUUCUUCAACAAACUCUACAGAGGAAAUCGUGUCACCAAGGUGGAUGCUGGGAGUUUCAACGCGUUCUCCUCUCCUAACUUGGCUCCUUUGGCUUCAGCUGAAGUGGAUAUUUCAAUUAACUGGGAUACUGUUUGGAGGGCAAACACCACAGCAAAGUUUCAAGUCCGAACAGAGCUGAACCGGAACGUGGGUCUGCUUCGGCUUUUCCCAGGAAUCACUGCUUCUACGGCCAGGGCUUUCCUGCAGCCGCCCAUGCAGGGGGUCGUCCUGGAGACCUACGGGAGUGGAAAUGCCCCCGAUAACCGUCCUGACCUUCUGGCUGAGCUGAAGAAAGCUACUGACGCUGGUGUCAUCAUCGUGAACUGCACACAGUGUCUGAGGGGGACUGUGUCAGCAUCUUAUGCCACCGGCAUGGUGUUGAUGGAUGCAGGCCUGAUAGCUGGGAGUGAUAUGACUCCUGAGGCUGCGUUGUCCAAACUUUCUUACGUGUUGGCCAAGAAGGAGCUCAGUCUGGAGGCCAAGAAAAAGAUGAUGGCUGAGAACCUGCGAGGUGAAAUGAGCGCCAAUCUCGACGGAGCCAAGCUGUGUCUUAGCGACAGCCGGUUCAUCCAGGUCAUUGCCAAGUCGCUGAGUAUCAGCUGCAAGGAGGAGCUGGAAGCCAUCCGUGAUGCUCUGACUCCUCCGCUGGCAUGCGCUGCUGCCAAGAUCGGAGACGUAGAAGCCCUGGGUGCCCUUAAAGAAAUGGGUAGUAACUUGUGUUUGGGUGACUUUGACGGACGCACACCUCUACAUAUCGCUGCCUGCGAGGGUCACUUCAAACUUGUCCAGUACCUCCUCAGUAACGGCGCCUCGGUCCAUGCUAAAGAUCGCUACGGAGACACUCCACUUUGCAACGCUGUGCGCUUCAGACACAAAGAUGUUGUGAAGCUGCUGAGGAAGACGGGAGCCCACUUCUCCAGAGAGCAGACGGAGGACGCAGGAACUGAACUGUGCAGCCUGGCAGCCAGUGGUGACAUAGACGGCCUGGAGAUCUGGAGCCUGGCCGGAGCAGAUCUGACUAAGCCAGGCUAUGAUGGAAAGACAACGAUUGAAGUGGCUGAAGCUGCAGGCAGAAAGGAAGUUGUGGCGUUUUUAGUCCAACUUGUUGGCAACAAAUCCAUGACAGUAUUUGGUGAAUUUAAUGAGUAUGAUGAAUAUGAUGAUGAUGAGAACGGCGAGACAAUCGAGUUCAACGCCAUCCCAACAGAAACCUGACCCGACCUCAUCUGACGAGACCCCGUCCUGUUCCGUCCACCUCUGCACCGUCCUCCAUUUUCAGCUUUAGUAUUUUAU